UCGCCAGCUGUUGCCAAAGCCAGCUAUUAAGGUUUUCUUGAGAAUGACUUUAGGUUCAUUUAUUCUCCUUUCCUUGCUUGUGGUACAAUCUACAGAGAUGAAUUCAUUUACAUCAGUUUUAAUGUUGAUAUGCAUUCUACAUUAUUGGAUUUAUAAUGCUGAUGCCAGAGCAUUAGGUCCAAAGGCUCCAUUUGUGGCAUCCGGUCAGUCUGUUGAUGUUGACGUCUAUCUCGAUGUCGACAACGAUGACGGUACUGAUCAUGGACGAGAUGCCUUGACUAAGUAUAUAAGACAGGGACAACACCCGAAGGAGGAAAGAGUCAAUGGAGCGCAGAAACUACAUAAUGAUACCAAGAACAAUGCACUCCAGAAACCAAUCAUCCCUCUUGCACUUAACACCAAACCUGAGAAAACACCUUAAUUGUCUUGGUGUUACAAGGAGACCACUUUCAACAUACACCAAAUCCUAUGGAAACACAUUUAUCAUCUUGUGCUCAACACCAAAGCUGAGAAAACACCUUGAUUGUCUUGGUGUUAUAAGGAGACCACUUUCAACAUAGACUUCAGUUCCUUACCAAUUCCUAUGGAAACACUUUUAUCAUCUUGCACUGGACACCAAACCAGGGAAAACACCUUCCUUUUCUUGAUAUUUCAUCAUAGGCCUACACUACUGCAUUAUUCUCACCAAAAUCCUAUUGAAACACUUUUAUCAUCUUGGUGCGUCACUGCACACCUGGUAGUUUCUAUAUUUAGUUCAUCUAGAGCAGCAAUGGCAUUCAUAAUCUUUAAAUGCUUGAAUUGAGAUUUUGUUGACUUCAAACUGGCCAUUUACCCGACAACACAACCUUACUGGAAUAGCUGUUUUCACCACAGAUUUGCAUUUUCAGGUCAACAACCACUCAGCCAAGUCAGUAUUCUGAAAAUUGUUCUACCUAGUAUCCCAUUUUCAUUCUUACGGCCAUGUAUUGUCAACUACGGUAUUCUUAUACAGGGAUACCAACCUUAUAAAAUAAUUGCAUUAUUCUAUUAAAGGGAUAUCAUUAUUCAAGCAAAUAUUCUUUAUUGGUUGAAUGCCAACAUAUUCAGAGCCGGCUGCCAAACCUACAUUGUGAAAAAAAAAUCCAAUUUUUCUUUGUAAUUUUGAAAAACAUACCAAAAAUCAUUCUUACAAGUUUCAAAAAUCCCAUUUCUAGGAGGAAAAUAACCUUUUUCGUGUCACUUUCCCCUUAAAAAUCUUACUAAUUAAACUAAGAUCCUGCAAACUGGCAGCUCUGCGUACACAGUAAAUAACCCUAGGAUACCUUCUGUGUAGGCAGAAAUAUAUAAGGUUCAGUGGUGCCCAAAAGUUAGUAAACCCAACCAGAAAGUGUCAAAGUUCUGCCAUAUUUUUCGAUAUUUAAUUGUGAAGUCGGAUGAUAAAAUAUUACAUUCAAUAUAGUUUGUUUCUCUAGGCAUUAUUUGUUGUUUACAUUCAACCCUCAGCAUGAAGGAGUUCAUUUUUGUUGUUUUUUGGGGCUGAAAACAAAGCAUUUUACAACUUUUGGGCAAUAAAUAUGUGUCAAAAAAUGUGCUUUCCUUGAAAUCAGUCUGCAGUAUUUAAAAAGUACAAUGUAAAGUUUAAAAAAUGAACAGUUAGCAUCUCUCUGCACUUGUACUUGUAAUUCAAUUGAAUUGGGAAUAUUUAUCAUUUUCAAUGUGGAAGUUAGAAAUUGCUCAUGUUGGCAAACAUUUAUUUUGAAUCAGACAACUGUUUUAAGGGUUUAAAAAUAAUUAUGUUUUAUAAUUGUUUGUUUUGUCAAUAGAGGGCUACAUGUAAAAUCUGGCAUCUUUAAUCAUGCUAUUAGGGGGAAAUUAUGAAUGAUUUAUAAAAUGAAUGUGUUGUUUUUUAUCUUUCAAUUUGUAUUUUGAUUCAAAUAUUCCUUAUUUCUCUUCUGAAAAAGGUUUUUAAGAAUAAAACUUUCAUGCAU